AAGGGACGUCCGAUCCGAAGAUGGAAGGAGCUGGGGAGGGGAGCGCCUUGACGGGGAUGAUGGGUCCUGCGCUCGACAAGCUCGCUAGCCUCGUUGACAAGUACACCGAGCUCAGAAACGCGAGGAAGAAGAUGGAGCAGCUGAGGAAGGAGCUGAUUGCCAUCAACCUCGCGCUUGAGAAGCACGCGGCCAUGGAGAACCCAGACGCGCAGGCGAAGGCGUGGGCGGCGGAGAUGCGCGAGCUGGCCUACGACAUGGAGGACAGCAUCGAUCUCUUCACCCACCACGUCGACCACGAACCGGCCGACACCGCCACCACCGGCGUCAAGAGGUUCUUCCUCCGGAUCAUCCGGAAGCUUAAGAAACUCCACUACCGCCACAGGUUUGCUCAGGAGAUCAAACAACUCCACGACCUUGCCAACGAAUCGUACCGGCGUAGGAAGAGGUACAGGAUUGAGGAGGGCGGUUCAAGCCUCCCGCACGCGGAGAUCGAUCCUCGGUUAGAGGCGCUCUACGUGGAGGUGGAGAAACUCGUGGGCAUCCAGGGCCCAAGCCAGGAGAUCAUUGGACAGCUCGUCGGCGAGAACGCAGCGGAGCGGCGGAGGGUUGUCGCCGUUGUUGGAUCUGGAGGUUCAGGCAAGACCACACUUGCCAAACAGGUGUACGAGAAAAUCAGGUGCCAAUUCUCUUGUGCAGCCUUUGUGUCCGUGUCGCAAAAGCCCAACAUGAAUAGCCUCCUGUGGGAGUUGUUAUCUCAAAUCGGGAACCAUGGUGGAGAUUUAGGAAUGAUGGCAGUAGGAUAUUGCAGUGACAAACAACUGAUCGACAGACUAAGAUCACAUCUUGAAAAGCAGAGGUAUCUCGUUGUGAUAGAUGAUGUUUGGACAAACUCAGCGUGGGAGACCAUACAAUGUGCGCUCCCUAAAAAUGCCCAUGCAAGUAAAAUAAUUCUGACAACACGAAUCAACAGUGUAGGCCAGUUCUCCUGCACUCCAGAUGAGGGUUUUAUCUAUCAGAUGAAGCCUCUUUGCAGAAACGAUUCUGAAAAUCUGUUUCUGAAAAGGACACUAUGUGAUAAAGAUAAGUUUCCUGCUCAGCUGGAGGGGAUUAAAAACGAGAUAAUCGAGAAAUGCGAUGGUUUGCCACUGGCUAUUGUUACUCUAGCUAGCAUGUUAGCUACUAAACAGAGAACAAGGGAAGAAUGGGAGAGGGCACUUGAUUCAAUCCAUUCUACGCACAAGAAAGAUAGUAGCCUGGAAGUGAUGGACAAGAUACUGUCUCUGAGUUACAGGGAUCUACCUCACAACAUGAGAAAUUGCUUGCUGUAUAUCAGUACAUUUCCAGAGGACCACACGAUUUACAAAGAUGCUCUAGUAUGGAGAUGGAUGGCUGAAGGGUUUAUCGCUGAAACACAAGGCUUUACUUUGGAGCAGGUUGCCGAGGGCUACUUCUACGAGUUUGUGAACAGGAGUUUGGUUCAGCCCAUAACCUUGCGUUCAAGAUAUGAAAUGCGUGGAGAAGGAGGUUGCCGAGUCCAUGACAUUGUACUGAACUUCCUCAUCUCUCGUGCAGCUGAAGAGAACUUUUUAACUACGCUGUAUGGCGCCCAGGGGGUUCCAUCUUCAGACCGAAGGAUUCGCCGGCUCUCUGUCUGGGACAGUCCAGAACACGCACUGGCAGUCUCUAGAGCGACCAUGAAUCUGUCCCAUCUCCGGUCAGUUAGAAUAUGCAACGUUGGAGACUGGCCCGUGCCUGCUGUUCUAGACUUACCUGUCCUUCGAGUGUUAGAUCUAGAGGGAUGCCGUGAUCUGAGGAUCGUCGACCCUGACUGCAUUCUAAGCUUGUUUCAUCUGAGGUACCUGGGUUUCCGCAGCGCAAGUGGUGUCGUGCUACCGGCUCAAAUAGGAAAUUUACACCAUCUGCAGACCAUCGAUUUAAGCGGGACUGGAGUGACACAGCUGCCAGAAAGCAUUGUCCAGCUCAAGCGACUGAUGCAUCUUGUUGGGCAACGGCUCAUCAUGCCAGACGGGUUUGGUAGCAUGGAAUCCCUUGAGGAGUUAGGUACUAUCGACUGCUGCAAGUGCCCCGUCAGUUUUGGGGAAGACCUGGCACUUCUGAGCAGGCUGAGGGUGCUCCGAGUGACCGAGUGGCUUUCGUCGGGGUCGAAACAAGUGACAUGGAAACCAGAAGGAAAUCUUUGAUGUCAUCCCUCUGCAAACUCGGAGGAGACAACCUUCGGCGUGUCACUAUUAUCGACCUCGCUGGCGGUGGAGAUUGCUUUGUGGAGUCGUGGCACCCUCCUCCUCGUCUCCUCCAGAAGUUCAUCCAUAUCAGUCAGCAACAGCACUUCUCCAGGUUUCCAGAAUGGAUCAGUUCCUGCCUAUGUGAUCUCACCCACCUGGAUAUAAAGGCCGAAAAGAUGGAAAGGGAGCAUCUAAGUGUUCUUGAACACCUGCCCGCCAUCCGUUAUCUAUACCUUUUCGUGAAGCGAGUCUCCGAAGACGGGCUCGUCAUCAGCCACAGCGCGUUCCGAUGUCUACGGCGUCUCGAGUUCUGUAACUUAGAUGGACCUGGUUUGAUGUUUGCAGGAGGCGUUCCAAUGCUGGAAUGGCUGAGGCUCGGGUUCGACGCGGAUAGAGCGCAAUCGACAUACGGCGGUCUGGAGGUUGGCAUCCAGCGCCUCUCGUCUCUCAAACAUGUCGUGCUCAUUGUCUGUAUGGUUUCUGAAGGCGGUGAUGAUCCAGCGGAGCAAGCCGUCUGGUCUGCCAUCAAUGGCCAAGUAGAGAUGCUCCCCAAUUCUCCGACGGUUGAUAUCCGGUUUCGUAGACGGAGUCAGCUGCAGGCAAGCUCAGAAUAAGGAGCACGAAAAAGACGAUGAUGUUGGGUGUCGCCUGCUGUAGUAUGUUGCUGCUUCUGCUUGUUGGCAAAAUGGAAUGCUGACACUUCACAGUUUACAUGUUCAAUUGAGGUUAGCU